AAAGGCGGGACGAUCAGCAUUUUUUUUUUCAGCUAAGAGGAAAUCCUAAGGAAAUGUGUGGGAUCAUCAUGCACUGUGUUUUCAAGAGGCUAAUACGAUAUUGACUACCUGUUUUCAUAACAAGACAGGUUUAUAGCGUCUGGUGACAAACACAACUGUGUUUAGAUAUAUUUAGAGUCGGCGCAAACAGCGGAAGCGACCGUUGUUAGGUCAAAAUGUCGAUUCAGUACGAGGUGGAACAGCUGGCUGACAGCUACGGGGUUUCGGACUCGUUCCCCAAAGAUUUCGGUUAUGGUGAAGAGGAGCCCGAUAUCGAGGACAGCUCGUCUCCGUCAGACAGCAAGCCGAGGAUCCUGCUCAUGGGUUUGAGGCGAAGCGGCAAGUCAUCCAUACAGAAGGUGGUGUUCCACAAAAUGUCCCCCAAUGAGACAUUGUUUUUGGAGAGCACCAACAAGAUCUACAAGGAUGACAUCUCCAGCAGCUCCUUUGUUAACUUCCAGAUCUGGGACUUCCCUGGCCAGGUGGACUUUCUCGACCCCACUUUUGACUACGAGAUGAUCUUCAGAGGAACCGGAGCGCUGAUAUUUGUCAUCGAUGCUCAGGAUGAUUACAUGGAGGCUCUGGGACGGCUCCAUCUCACCGUGUCACGGGCCUACAGGGUCAAUCCAGAGAUCAACUUUGAGGUGUUUAUUCACAAAGUGGAUGGCCUUUCGGACGAUCACAAGAUUGAAACGCAGAGAGACAUCCAUCAGAGAGCCAACGACGAUCUGGCGGAUGCAAGUUUAGAGAAGCUGCAUCUUAGCUUCUAUUUGACAAGUAUUUAUGACCACUCCAUCUUUGAGGCCUUCAGUAAAGUGGUACAGAAGCUCAUCCCCCAGCUGCCCACCUUGGAGAACCUCUUAAAUAUCUUCAUUUCUAAUUCAGGGAUCGAGAAGGCCUUUCUGUUCGACGUGGUCAGCAAGAUCUACAUCGCCACAGACAGCUCGCCUGUAGAUAUGCAGUCCUACGAACUGUGCUGUGAUAUGAUCGAUGUGGUGAUUGAUGUCUCUUGUAUAUACGGUCUGAGGGAGGAUGGCAGCGGCAGCGCCUACGACAAGGAGUCCAUGGCGAUCAUCAAGCUCAACAACACAACUGUGCUGUACCUUAAAGAGGUCACAAAGUUCCUCGCUUUGGUCUGCAUCCUGAGGGAGGAGAGCUUCGAGCGUAAAGGAUUAAUAGACUACAACUUCCAUUGUUUCCGGAAGGCCAUCCACGAAGUAUUUGAAGUCGGAGUUUCCGCUCAGCGUCCUUUAGGCUCGCAGGCGGUUGGCUCCCCCUGCAACAAGGCGGUCGCAUUGAACGGCACGCCGCGCAACACCUUGUAAACACUGCUGCUUCAAUAACAAAGAAUAGAUAAAAACUUGAAAAAUGGAGGUAGGAACAAGGAAAGAUGGGGGAGUCUGUGGAGGAGAGACUACGAUUCUGGCGCUCCAGUCGCAUCCCCUAUCUCCCAGCACCUAAAGCAGUGAUGGAUGCCUCGAGGAAGGAAGCAGCAGCGACGCACGGACGGAGGCAUCUGCUUUAGGUGAAUGUAAAGCCCUGUGUUGGCUGUGUCGAAGUGGAGAAACCGCACCUGGAUUGGAACAGGUUCAGCAUUUUUCCCUCUGAUUUCCUAAAACAGUCUUUGGCUGCAACACUGAGCUGCUGGUUGUUUUUACGCGGACGAUUCAAGGAGGAAGGAAAAUAACAACACUGUCUGACCUCUGCUGGACAAAUUGUGACGUCCUCAUCCUGUGUAGUGACGAACCCGAUCAUUUCUGUGCUGAAAAAAAAAAAAA